AUGGCCAUCUGCAAGCUGCCGGCACUUGAGACAGGCCAACAACAUAGUGCCGACUCCCUCGCUGCUGCUGCUCCAGGCAGUGGCAACGACCAGGACUGCCUCAUAGCUCCCGUCGUUGUCGAAACCGACGUAGCAGCUUACAAUGCCGACCGAGAUACGAGCGACCUGAACGAAGCUGUCGUGCUGACCUUCUCCUCAGUCCCCGGCGGAGCAGCUCAUUUUCACCACCUCGACGAGGGUGAACAAUCACCACAUCACGACGCCGCGGGCGGCAUCGGCGUCCACAGCACCACUCACAGCCACCCUGGUGACCCGCCAAAAACAUUUCCGCCGCAACAAAUACAGCUUCAACAACAACUUGAACAACAACAGCAACAGCAGCAGCAGCAGCAGCAGCAGCAACCCUCGGCCAAUGAGCCACCUCCUACCAAUACUCCUCCUUCGGUACCGACCCAUCGCGUGCGAAAACCCUCGCCCGGACUCGCAGCGCGAUUAAAAGCUCUCGGCUUCGGUGGCAGCCGCAAGCCGUCGUCUCCACCUCCGUCGCACCAUCUCGAACCCGGCCGCCUCCCCGAAGAACAGCUCCGAAGGCUUGACCAAGGACACCUCGCGAGCACCUCCCAUACGGUCGUCGAGCGGCGGGGCCGCCCCUGGAAGGGUGCCAUCGCCCGCAUACCGUCCAUAUCCAGCCUCAAGUCGGACCGGUCGCACGGCAAGACCGAGACAGAACCCGACGAGCCGCCUCCCGAGGCCGCCAUUGCCAUUGCGGCGAACCCCGGCUUCCUCCCGGAAAUUGUCGCCUCCGAACCGCUGGAAAUGGACACGAACAAGUACCGCCUCCCCGAUCACACCAACGGAAACGGCGUGAAGGCGCAGCUCGGCACGAGGGAGGAGCACAUCGCAAGGGACACGCGCCCGCCGCAGCCGCCCACGACGCCCGAGAUACGUCCGCCGCCCCCUCCUCCCAAGGACAGGCCGCCGCUGGCCCGGCGUCCCACGAACCCGACACCGCCAACCGCCCGAGAUGUCUUCGACUCAGAUUCGAUUACCUUCAAUCCCCUCGGCCUCCAGCGGCCGGGGUCCAUCUACACACUAUCAAGAGCUUCCUUUGCGAACCAGCUCGCACAGCUCACCUCAAUACAGCUCCCAGAUGCCGAGUCGUUGUCCAGCAGGGUCUCUGCCAUCCCGACGGCCCAGGCUGCGACAAAGGCAGUAAUAGGCGCGGCGGAACAGAUCCGCGGCUGGAUAUACAAGGCCUCGGAAGUGAUUGGCGGCUUGGAGAGCGACGACGAUGUCGAAUGGGCCGCCGCCGGAGGACGCGAGGGCGUCGAGGAAGUCGAAAACGCGAUUGUCCGCUUUGAAGAGCUCAUCAAGGUCUACGUUGGCGCUAUUGAGGAACUGCAGGCUCGGGAGGACAUCGCCAGCGUUUCAGCCGACGAUCUCCGCCGAGCCGUCGCCCAAAUGGAGGCCAUCCUCGAGGAGUGGGCCAAGAUGCGCAACACGCUGCACAGUGUCAAGGCACAGGUCGAGAUUGCCAUGGAAUGGGAGGAGCUGUGGAACAAUGUUCUCGGGGACAUCCAGAACGAGAUGGACGAGCUCGCCAGAUUGGUCUUCGAGAUGGAGGAGCGGCGGCACAAGUCGAUCCUGGCCGUCUCGACCGGCGACGGCAUGGACAUUGGCGACCUGGAGACCAUCGUGGAGGACACCCCCCGGGCUCCCGCGCGGUUGCAACUAACACCCAACCCUCGCUUCAGCCUCCCCCCCUUCCCCGUCAGCCCUACCUCGCCCUCUCCCACGGCGACAGGCAUCUCCCAAGACGAUUCGAGCCUGCUGGCACUGUUCGCGAGGAUGCAGCCCCUCAGAGCCUCCUUGGAUUUCUUGCCCAUGAGGCUCUCCGUCUUCGAAGCCAGGGCCGAGAGCAUAUUUCCGUCGGCAUGCGAAGAACUGCAUAUAAGAAGGUCGGAGCUGGAUACCAGCUAUAAGAAGCUGGAGAAGGAUGCCGAGUCCCUCCGGAAGGAGCUCGGCGAGGACCGCUGGGUGCUUGUCUUCCGCGGCGCCGGGCGGCAGGCCCAAAAGAUGUACGAGUCAGUGGAGAGGAGCGCUGCGAGACUCCGCGAGGCCAUCGACAGCGGGAUGCAUCUGACAAAUCAACCCAUAAUGAGCAAGAAGCUGGAGAGUUAUGAGGCUAAGAAGACUCACUACGGCCCGGCGAUCGAGCGGGUGCUGUCCAUCAUCGACAAGGGCGUCAAGGACCGGCUGACGGUCAACGGGGAGAUUCUUCGUUUGCACAAUGAGAUGCAGGCGAAGUGGAGGGAAUUGAAGGACGCCAUGGUAGAGCUGGAUGCUUCCAUCGAGGAGCUUCAGGCUGAGCGACGGGAGCAGCAGCUGCGAGAUUCCGUCUCCAGCAUGCUGUCAAACGACAUGUCGACGAUCGCGAGCGGACACGAGACGCCUCAGAGCUCGCCCCCGUCUUCCGUGAUCAUGUCGUCUAUGGGCCUGAGCAGUUCCACCAACCUCCACGGCCCCAAGCAGCGGUCGGCAAGCAGCAUAGGCUACCGCAGGCAAUCCUCCCUGCCGACCCCGACAAGCCAGAUUACCCGGAAGCCCGUAGCGCCGAGCAUGUCGACGCUCUCGGUCCCGUCCAGAGACUCGAGAGAAGGCUCAGCCACGCCAACCGCCAACAGGAUACCCAGACCGACGUCGUCCUUGGCAAAACGGCCCAAGUGGAACUCCUCGACGAACACAUCCGAUAUCGACACCGGCCACAACUUCAAGCCGCUCACGCUCACCACACCGAGCCCCUAUGCCAAGACGACGCCCACCCCAAUCCGCUCCGCCUCCGCCAUGGCGCCCUCAUCGGCAUCCAAGCUGCCCACACUCAGAAGCCCCCUCUCCCGCGCAGGUUCGGCGUCACCAAUCCCCGAAAACCCACAUUCCAAAAGCGGGCCCCUCCUUUCCUUCCGCGAGCGCCUCGCCUCUCCGGGGCCGCCGCUCGCGCGACAACAGCGGUCCUCUUCCAGGCCGCGCCUCGCCUCCCAAAUCUCCGCGCCGCCCGUUGUUCAAAACAACAACGGCAGCAGCAUCAGUAACAGACGUGCGUCCCUACAGCCGCCAAGACCUGUCGAGAUCUCGCCCCCUGAGGCGGCGACCACCCCAAGACGACCGGCCAGCUCCCUCGCGUCUUCGGCAACAAGGCGGACCAGCCUGCUGCCUCAGCCAAGGAUGGCGACGACAGCAGCAAAGGGGACGAGCGUCACGGGCAGGGAGAGUCCGCAGGCGGUCGCGGGCGCCCGCUUUGCCAUGCGCAAGGGGAGCAGCAGCUCGGCGGCCGCCGAGAAGCCCAAGGAUAUGAGGCCGAGGUGGCGGGCUUAA